AUGAAGCUCGCUCUCUUCAAAGAAGAGACACCGCCGUUACUGGCUGUACUUCAAGCUACAGACGAGUCCCUCCAUCCUCGCCCAUCGGACUCUCAACUACUUCAGAUGCCACAGGGGCGCCAGCGGGCGCAAAGGGAGGGGCAGCGGACACAGGCUGCAGUCGAACGGUUUGCACGUAGAAGGGUCCUGGUGAUAGGGGACUCCAAUGUGGGGAGGGCCGAACAGGGCGUGAUGGCGAGAGUGAAGGCGGACGGGCGAGUACAGGUGGAGGCGCAAGCGGGCAAGGGCAUGGCGGAAGCAAUGACCAAGGAGCGGGAAGUAGUUGGGGUCAGCACGGAGAGCGACAGCUUGGUCAUUAUGCAUUCUGGGUUCAAUGGCGUGCUUAAGGGGAGAAGCCAGGACCUUGAGAGGCACAUUGAGACUGGGCUGAGUAAGCUUAGAGAGGCCUCUGGGAGGGUGCAUGUGACCAUAUGCACUAUCCCAGAGGUCCAGGGCCAGGCUUACCAGGUAGAAAGGAGGGUGGUUGAGGCCAAUCGGGUCAUUAGGAGUCUGAGCGGACGACUCGGGUACAGCGUGAUGGAGGUCAACAGGGACGUGUACGGAACCGGCUUCCGGCCUUUUGUGCAGGAUGGCAUUCACUACAGUGGUGCCACUGGCAAAAGGAUAGGGGGCAGGAUGGGUCGCCAGGCAACAGCUUUUUUAGGGGGACCCAGAGCCCUGAAAGAAGCAGUGUAGGCGUGGACGAUUCGAGGCAGGAGCCACAAACACGCAAACAUCGGUACUGUAGGAGAGGUGACAGGAAUAAGCGCAAGAGCCAAAUUAAGUCAGACAUAGGGUUCAUUAACAUGCAAGGUGGCAGAAAUAGGCUAAAAUGGGAGGAAAUCGAAGAACAACUAAGACAGGAGAACUUAAUGGUUUAUGGUUUUGUAGAGACACAUCUUAGGGACAUGGAACAACCGCCCUGUAACCCUGAUUAUGCAUGGGAAUACUGCAACAGAGUGCAGGGUAGCAGAAAGGGUGGGGGAAUUGGAGCACUCAUUCAUAAAAAUACAAAUUGGCAAAGGGUCAAACAGGAAUGCAAGGAGCAUUUAUGGCUAAAAGGAAAAGUAGCAGGGGCGAAAACACUUCUAGGCUUUGUAUACCUUUGGACAGGAUCAAAUGCUAAAGAGGAAAACAAAAAAAAUGUUGGACUGUAUAGCAGCGGACAUCAAUGAGCUAGGAAAAGGAUGUGAAGUAAUUGUAUUAGGAGACAUGAAUGCGCAUGUUGAAGAUAUGGAUGGGUACACAGACUCCACAGGUAACAUGCUGCUGGAUAUGUGUGAGAGGCUUAACUUAGUUGUCUGUAACUCUACUGAAAAGUGUGACGGGAUCAUAACAUGGGAGGUAGGGGGUCGACACUCGACAAUAGAUUAUGCGUUAAUGUCACAUAGGAUGUACGAUAGAUUAGGAGCCAUGAUUAUAGAUGAACAGGGCUCCAGAAGUAUAGGUAGCGACCACAAACGUAUCAAGUUGAGUUUUAAGAGGGAAACUAAAGCACGAACGACGCGCGAGGA